AUGCUGCUGACUUACCUUGUCACAGUCCUGUUCAAGCUCAAACCCAACACCGACUCAUCCCGAACCUCGGAGAUGCGAGCCGCAGGCGACGCAAUGGUCCGUGUCGUCCCGGGCCUCAGGUCCUUUACCCUUGGCCCGCCGCUUGCAAGCACGGCGCACCGUGCGCAGGGCUUCGAUAUGGCGCUGAUGACGGUGAUGGACACCGAGGAACAGGUACUGGCUUACGCGGGCCAUCCCGCGCACCUCAAGCUCCAUAAGAUUCGGGAAGCCGUUUGCACGGAAACUCUGGCGUACGAUCUGGUCGUGCCUUGA